AUGCCUACUUUCGUGACAUUUUUCGUGGACGGGAAGGUCGUCGGCAGCGAGUCAUCGCCAACUCGCAGCGACACCAGCUCUCCCAGAAACUUACAAACGAGCUCCGAGAUGCAACGAAAGGAGAAGGCUUCAGACCGUAAAGUGGUCCAAAAGUGGCAACGCCAGCAACAAAAGGCAAGUCUCCGCCAGAUGCCACUGGACAUGAGGGAUGCAAAUCCAUUUUGCGGAGGCCCAAAGAUGGAUGAUCUCGUCAAGAAGAUCACCAAGUCCUUGGAGAAGCAUCAGUACAAAAUGGAGCAGGAGAUUGACAACAUUGUGGACACUCCUUAUCACAAUCAGCAAACUCGACUGAUGAGCCUCGUCGAGCCUCCCCAAAACUGCUGCCCCCACUCCUUCAAUGGUUGGAACUGCCGCUUCCACCCCCGCGCGCCUCCCGCCGAAUACUGGAGUUGGAAGCUUGCUCGCACUCGGGAGGCUCUUGGGCGCGCUUACUUUGUGGAUUUGUUUGUACACUGGAAGCGCUACCAGCAAGCCACUCGCACCCUCCACAAGCAGCGCCGCGAGGAACUCGGACUCACUGACUUGGCCCCCAACCUUGAUUUCCCCCAUUGCCCCAUCACCACCCGCAACGAGAAGAAGCAGCUCCUCGGCAAGCUCUGCUUGUCCCACAAGCUGCACUUCAACGGCCGACGCAGCGGCGGUCUCGGCACAAGCGUCGACACCUGCUACCUCUGCCGGUACGACGCCGUGGACGCCGUAUACACCACGGCCUGCCGCCUCGCCUACGCAAAGUACUGCGAGGCCCUGGCCACGGCCACGGACAGGAUCCACCGGGCCAUGGGCCGGGUAUGGUUCGCCUACGCCAUGCCGGACCCCAACCCCACCGUCCGCGAGGACACCAGCGGCCGCCGCGUCCUCCACGUUACGCACUGGUCAGAGUACCAGGCGGGACAGUUUGAGGGUGGCAGUGUUCCCUUUUCGUGGGAGGCGCGCGCGGCUUCCAAAAGGAAGUGCGAGGUCUGGCGCCGCAUGAGCGGCAAGAAAGGGGACGGGGAUGGGUACGUGGCCGUCAAGCCCGGCCAAAACGAGUCCAUAGAGACAUGGCUCGACAACAUCAUGGAGGAGUAG